AUGAAUAGAUUUCAGAAUACCAGAGUUGUAAUUGGUUACGCACUUCUAGGCACUUUUCUGGCCAUUUCCGUUAGCUGUAAUAUCGGUUUCGUUGUGUUUUGUUUCAGACAAUCAAAGAAGAUUAAAACACCUUCGAUCCCGUCGACAGUCUUUGAGAUGCAGACGAAAAAUAUCACCGAUGACCGUCGCAACUAUGAAGGAUUAGAUUUGUCAAAAGUUGAUAAUGUAAGAAACAUCUACGAUACCAUCCAGAAGUAG